CACAGGAACAAGAUCGACUCAGACCAACCUCGCUAUGAAGUCCACAUCCAUCAAGUCGUCCGUCCCCGUCCUCUUUACGUUCCUGCAGCUGGCUUCCUCAAACUUCAUUGCCCCUUGGGCUCGUGGUCCUGGACCCUUAUUCGAAAGUCUACAAGGCCGCAACGGUGUCACGUUAGGACGCUUGUCCAACUCCGCGGCAGCACGAGGUCUCCAUGUCGACAUCUCGAGCCGCCAGGAGGAGGAGUGUAUAGACCCCGGCUACCUUCCCUGCCCUAAUAUCCCCGACUCAUGCUGUCCCGCUGGAUACAACUGCUUCUCCGAAGGUUGUUGCGUUGGGACUCCCGCAGGGUUUGAGCCAUGUCCAGACAGCCAAUGGUGCUACAGACCUGGUUUGGAUAUAUGUUGUCCCAACGGAUCAUGCCUGACGGACUACACCUGCUGUGACAAUCAAUGCUGCAAAUCAAUCGCCUACUGCGGCUCCGACGGCUGGUGCUCUGCGUGCCCUCCAGUGACGAGGACCGAGGUGAUCACGACGAUAUCCACCACGCUCCAAGUGGUCCAAGUGACGGUCACGAAGCUGGAGGAGCCCGAAGAGGCAAGCGACUUCAGCUGCAUCCCCGUGACGGUGACCAACAGCGAUAACGCGAUCUGGGCGCUCGACGCGGACUGCGCUCUCUCGUAUAGUCCCCCCACCACCACUUCCACCAGCAGUGAGGCUGGAGCUGACGCGGCAGUCGUUCGCAACCCCAUUCUGCGGGAAAGACAGUUCUCCUGCACACCCUUCGCCACGGAGACCGAAUUCGUGACUUUGACGAGCAUCUCCACCUUGAAGUCGACUGUGAUGCGGACCGUUUCCACUACGUUAUCUGAAUCGGAAUUCUCAUGCCCUACCAUGGCUUUUACGAAUGCUGGUGGCGUGCUUUCGCUAGAUGCGUCUUGCGGGCUGGCGUUCUCACUAGCUUUGCCGAGCUCCAGCUCCGCCAUAGCUGGAAGCAAUAGUCCCGGAAGUAGUGGUGGUGGUCUGAAGUUGGCUGGGGGGACCAUACAAGUCUGCGCUGUGCAAGGAUGGCAGGUAUUCAUUGUGAGCCUUGUGGGAUUUUUAAUAUUGUAGUGUCAUCUCAUUUUGAGAGAAUGCGGUGGUAAUACGAGUAUCUAAUUACUUGAAUUGGGUUUUAUGGAGCUGGAUGCACUCAAGGUGUGAUAGCGCCAAGUUGAUAGUAUUUGAGGCAGGUUUUGGA